GGAACAAGGAGAGAGAGAGGAAAGGAGCUGAGGCGUCUCGGACCAGGUUAGCGGUGUGCAACAGAUCUUUGAUUUCUAACUGAAUUGUCACCCUUUGGAUCAAGAUGCCACCAGCAAUUGGAGGCCCUGUGGGAUACACACCACCAGAAGGAGGAUGGGGCUGGGCUGUAGUUGUCGGUGCCUUUAUCUCAAUUGGCUUUUCCUAUGCGUUUCCAAAGUCCAUCACAGUAUUCUUCAAAGAGAUAGAACAAAUCUUUGAUGCAUCUAGCAGCAAAGUUUCCUGGAUCUCUUCCAUUAUGCUGGCAGUAAUGUAUGGAGGAGGUCCCAUCAGCAGCAUCCUGGUGAACAAAUAUGGUAGUCGUCCAGUCAUGAUUGCAGGGGGCUGUCUGUCAGGGUGCGGUUUGAUUGCUGCUUCUUUCUGUAAUACUGUGGAAGAGCUUUACUUCUGUGUCGGGGUUGUGGGAGGUCUUGGACUUGCAUUUAAUUUAAACCCAGCCUUGACUAUGAUUGGCAAGUACUUCUACAAGAAGCGUCCACUGGCUAAUGGACUGGCAAUGGCAGGCAGCCCUGUAUUUUUAUCUACACUGGCUCCCUUGAACCAAUAUUUUUACAGCAUUUUUGGGUGGAGAGGGAGCUUUUUAAUUCUUGGGGGUCUCUUGCUAAAUUGCUGUGUUGCUGGAUCUCUGAUGAGACCAAUAGGACCCAAACCAGACCAGAAGAAGGCAGAAAUUGAUAACGAAGUGUUGCAGGAGGCUGGUAAACCUGUGAGAAAAGAAGGAGCAGAUGUCAGCACAGACCUUAUCGCUGGGAAGACAAAAAAACAGAAAGCCACAUUCUUCCAGACUAUCAACAAGUUUUUGGAUUUGUCUCUCUUCACACAUCGUGGCUUCUUGCUCUAUCUGUCGGGCAAUGUGCUCAUGUUUUUUGGAUUGUUUACACCAUUAGUCUUCCUCAGUAAUUAUGGGAAGAGUAAGCAUUUCUCUAACGAGUCUUCUGCCUUCUUGCUGUCCAUUCUGGCCUUUGUAGAUAUGGUUGCCAGGCCAUCCAUGGGCUUGGUAGCAAACACCAAAUGGGUGAGGCCCAGAGUGCAGUAUUUUUUUGCUGCGUCUGUGAUCUAUAAUGGUUUGUGCCACCUUUUGGCUCCUAUAUCCACAAGCUAUGCUGGCUUUUGCAUCUAUGCUGGCUUCUUCGGAUUUGCCUUUGGCUGGCUGAGCGCCGUCUUGUUUGAGACACUGAUGGACCUAGUUGGGGCUCAGCGGUUCUCCAGUGCCGUCGGUUUGGUGACUAUUGUGGAAUGUGGCCCUGUGCUUUUGGGGCCACCUCUCCUAGGUAAACUGAACGACGUGUAUGGUGACUACAAAUAUACCUACUGGGCAUGUGGCAUCAUCCUGAUCGUCUCUGGGAUCUUCCUGUUUAUUGGGAUGGGCAUCAAUUAUCGGCUGUUGGCUAAAAAGGAGAAGACUGAGGCGAAGCAAAAGGCUGAAGGGAAAGAAGAAGAAACCAAUAUUGAUGAGGCUGAAAAACAAAAAGAGCCGAGCAAUGAUGUGGCUAACCUGCCUCAGAAAACCACAGAUGAUGGUAUAAAAGAGGAGGAGAGCCACAUGUGAGAGACUGGUAUUUUAAGUCCAGGAGGACAGGAUAAAAUAUUAUCAACAUGUGUUGUGUUUGGAUGGGGGAGCACUACUGGUUGUGGGUAGUGGUGAGAAGGGUAAAAAUCAGGUGAUAUAUUUUUUUUAACAAAGCUACAGAUUGUGUGUGUAAUCAGCAUUUGACAGGAGUAACAGAGCUCAAUGGGCAGUGCCAUCUUUUUAUUGGGGGUGGGUGGGAAGGGAGGGGAAUUUUUAUACUCUGGCUUUUUUAACAGUAAUGUGAAUGUACUAAUAUGUGCCUUAGAGCUUCCACGUUUAGGCUACUUUGGCAAAGCCUUAACUCCAGCCUACAGUGUUCUCCUUGAAGGUCUGGAGUCUGCUUAGGCCACCUCCAUGAAGGACAUCUGGCUUCUUUUAUAGUGGGGUCUCAAGGUUAUGUGUUAAAUGAACCCCAUUUCAGAGUUUCCCAGAACACAUUGCUGCCAGAAUCUUUGUACAAUCAGGUAUGGGGGAGAGAGAUUGGUGGAUCUUGAUGAAACAGGUUUUCAUUUCUGAUGUUUCUGGAUGACAAGCUCAAGCUGGCUGUUGUGUUGUUAGCAUCUUUGAAAACUUUUCUAAUUAGUGCAGGCUUUUUAAAUCUUCCUGGUUAAAUCUGAAAUAUUGGAACUGAGUACAACAACAAAAUAUGCAAGGAGACAGUUUCAUACAGUUUCAUACUGUUGUCACUUAACUUACUAUGGAGUCAAACCUACUUUUUAAACAUCAUUAUGCUUCUGGUGGUCAUUGGCCUGGAAAAUUUGUCUUGACAAGAAUAACAGAAAACAAAAUGGGUAUCAGUGCAAUGAGCAAGCCGAUUCUGAAGGGUGUGCCUUAAUUGUUGUCAUGACAGUCAAAAUAUAUACCUUUUUAACAAUCUCUUAGAAUGAUUCAGUGCCUAAAUCAGCCACCCUAGACAGGCCUGUUAGAAAGAAAGUCCCGUUGAAAUUGUAGGGACUUACAACCAAGUAAAUGUGUUUAGGUUCAGGCUUGUUAUCUGCAUCACUGCCACUUGUAUUCUUACUGCUGUUCUACUGCUCUUCAAGUUUGCUGCUUUCAAAGACACAUGUUUUCAGUUCUGAUAUUUAUUGCUAAAUUCUAGGCAAAAUUCUAGUAUUCUGCUCUGUGCUCUGGAAUGCUAGUUAACUGACCAGAACAGAUACUGCAAAGACAUCAGUAUCCCUGACUUCAUUCUGGAUAGGAUUCUGCAUCAAUAACAUCUUGUCUCUUUCUAAUCAGUGGCCAAAAUAGUUUGUUGAGGAUCAGUUCAUAUUUUCCCCUUUGCAGACUAAAUGGACUCCCUUAUUUCAUCUGGUAACUUCCUGUAACACAAAACAUUUGAUGUGGUAAAACUGUGCUUCUAGUUUCUUUGCCCAUUUUGCAUGUUUUGUGUUGCUAGAUGUUGUCCGAUGGAAGGAGGUAGAAGAGUCAUGGUCCUGUUGUGAUGACAGCCAUGUAUCCUCUGUAAAUGUCAAGUUCUAGUCUCAGUGUUAAAACAAGUAGCACAUUGCUGGGCUGUGUUUGUCUUCUGCUUUAGGAUGCAGAGAAACUAAAAUCCACUUUUGUGUGUUUUGAGUAGCCUGGGGGGGGGGGGUCUGGCCUGAUGAACCAAAUUAUAUUUUGGUCUCUUAUAACUUAUUUUCCUGUGAACUACUGUUUCUUUCCAGACAAUGACAGCUGAAACACUAACAGGUGGUUCUAAUGUUGUUGUUGUUGCCAGUUUGCUUGCUCUGAUCAGUUGGAGAACACUGCUCUUGUAUAAUUUCCUGUAACACUGAAUGUCCAUACCCUCUCUGUAGUAAUGUUGGGUGACUUCUUCUGUGUGUUUUAAGUGUAGCAUACACCAGAAGUACAGGCUAUUUCCUUGCAUGGGGCCAUUUUCUUGCCAAAGGCAGGUUUGCUGUGAUGCAAAAAUCCCUAACACCAGUAUUUGAAAUCUUUUCUGCUAUUAGCAGAGCCACGGCUGAUCCAUGAUGGUCCUCAAUUUCAGCACUGGCAUGCUGGAGGACCCCCAUAGGCUUCUCGGGACUGUCUUGUGAAUGGCAUGUGGGCUCAUCUUGUGAGGAGAAGAUGCAAAUUAUCCAUCUAACAUCUUAUUCCAGUAAAGUGUUCGUGUUACUGAAUUCAUGUAAGCAAAUAAGUUUUAGAAGAAUGAUUGACAGAAAUGCAGUGACAGGCUCUGAGUGUUGAAGUGAACUGCAGUAGUUAUCCGUUAGAUUUGAUAAAUCAGACCAUCUUAAACUCUUCAGUGUCCACAGGAAGGUUUAUGCAGACCCAUUGUUAAAUAGUAAUCAUAACAUGAGGGUCUAGUCUUCCCCCGCCAUAAUUUCCAUUCGUUAAAGGAUAGAAAUUCAAUCAUAAAUUGUACCUUCUCAUCUGCCUCCAGUGUGUAUUCUGCAUACUUUUCAUAUAGAGAACCAACAUCCCCAUGAAACACUCGCUUUGUUAAAGCUCAUACUGAAGAGAGAAUGUUUUUAAUUUUGCAGAGCCCCCAUAUGUUUAGAAUGCUAUGCAAAUAGUAGUGCUGGUAAAUGGUCCAAACAUAGUUAGUUUGAAUUAAGAUGAACAAAUGAGAUUCUAUUUUUUCCAUCCUCCAAAUAUAUAGAUUCUGACAAGUGAUCUUCCCUUUGUAAAAGAAGUUUCUGUAAAUCCCUUGACAGUAUUACCCAUUGCACUGUGAAGUCCACUAUUCUGUUGUCUUGGCUGUUGAAGUUAGUUACUUUUUUAUUUUGUAAUUGCAUUCUGCUCUAAAAUUGUAUAAAAGGAACAGGUCAGGGUAUUUUCAUACUUUAGAAUAUGUUUUAA